AAGCGCGCGCAGACUCCAGACGACCCGACGCGGGGUCACCCUUCAGCUCCCCCCGGGUCGCCCCAGGGCGCUUCGCUGCGAUGGUCAAGGUGCUCGUCGGCAGGGCCGAGGACCCAUGGUGCGAGAUCGACCUCUCGGUGGAGGAUGUCGAGGACCCGAGUGCGUAGACAUCGCAGAGGAGAAGCUGAAGGAGGUGCUGCAGCUGCCCCCGAUCACGGUCGAGAGCUGCCACGAGCGCGAGGACGGGGAUCUGCAGUGGGACGAGAUCACGUUUGAGGAGGAGGUCGACGGCAGAUAUUACCAUUCGGUGGUCAUGGCUUUACACAGAAUCCGAGAGGAGUUCGUGAAGAAGCAGCGCAAAAUGAAGCAUCUCGACUGGUAUCUCACCGUGAAGAGGAGCAGCGACCAGCGGAACCCCAAGUACUACAUAUGAUUGCGCAGCCGCGUGCAGGUUGCGUGAUCACCCUCUGCAGGUUCUGCAUUCGCUUCUCCCGCUGCCGCUCCGGCUCCUGCCCCUCCUCGUGGCCCUCCGCGGGAGGAGCGUGCACGCGCCCCUCCCGCUCGCACUCCCGCCCUGGCCCUUCUUUCCGCUGGCGUGCUCUGGGUGCUGCUGCUGCUGCUGCUCCUUCUCCUUCCCGCCGGCCUUCAGGAGGAGGAGAUUAGCUCGCUGAUGCCAGAUCUGUGUCGCCUGCAUUGCAUCGCGUUAUCUCCGCUACCCUUCAGGGGCCCGGUGCACUGUGCGCUUUCGUGCCGGUGCUGCGCUCCCUCGUUGCCUCGAUGCAUCUCGGAGCCUGCCGCCUUCGUUGUUGCGCCGACCAGAAUCAGGAGGAA